ACAAAGAAGAGUAGAACAGAAUUUGAAUCUUCUUUUAAAAAUAUGGAAACCAAGAAGCUGGUGGAAAUCGAUGGCUCCUACUUGGAGGGCGGCGGGCAGGCCCUGCGCAACGCGCUCAGCUUAAGUUGCAUCCUCAGGCGUCCCAUCCGCGUUGUCAAGAUUCGCGCCAACCGGCCCAAGCCCGGCCUGGCCAACCAGCACCUGCAUGCCGUAAACUUGCUGAAAAACAUUACCAAUGCCGACGUCGUCGGCAACACUCUUCUAUCGACAGAGCUGGAGUUCACGCCCCGCACUAUAAUCGGUGACAUGUACAGGGCAGAUACGCACACGGCGGCCAGCAUCACGCUGAUCUAUCAAACGGUCCUGCCCGUCCUCCUCUUCGCCGGAAGGUCUUCGCGCGUUGAUUUGACUGGUGGAACGAACGUGUUCUUUGCUCCCCAGAUUGAAUACAUGUUGCAGGUGCUGCAGCCGAACCUCGAACGCUUCGGCAUCUCCUUCAAGCUGAAGGUGCUGCACUACGGCUUCUGUCCACGGGGCAACGGACGCUGCCAGCUGGACGUUGAGCCGGUGCGACAGGUGAGUGCCGGCCAGUUUCUAGAGUUCGGCCAGCCCCAGUGGGUAGACGGAGUGUCGUUUUGCGCCGGCCGCAUACCCAUGAUCCUCGCGACGGAAAUGCAGGAGACGGCCGUCCGUGUAAUUCACAGACUCUGGCCGCACCAAGACUGCCGGAUUCAGGUGGUUAAGCACUCCCCGGAAAAAGCGUGUGACAAUGGGGCUGGGAUCGUCAUAGUGGCCCACACAUCCACUGGCUGUGUGCUUGGCUCCUCCGCCUUGGGCCAGAAGAAGGUUCUGGCUCACAUGCUGGGAUCAGACGCUUCCUCCCAACUGUCUGGAUACAUAAGUAAGGAGAUCUGUGUGGAUGACAACCUCCAAGAUCAGCUGAUUAUCUUCAUGGCUCUCGCCAGCGGCUGCUCCCGCUUUCUCAGCGGCCCCCUCACCCAGCACACGCGCACCGCCAUCUACGUGGCCGAGCAAAUGACUGGCGUCAAGUUCAAUGUCGCCGUCAAUCAGUCUGGACAGACUGUAGUCAGCUGCGAGGGCAUAGAUUACCGCAACGAGCUCCUCCAGAGUAAUGAAUAGUGUCUGUUUUAUUCUUAAUUUGUUAUUUAUUAUUAAUAUGCUAAUAAAUCGGACGCUGCCCUAGAGGCGGCGGAAUA